UUUCGGAUUAAAUUUUGUUGAAGUCUUUGGCAGAUGAUCUUUAAUGAAGCUACGGAGUAGCUUGGCGGAAUUGCUUCUGUUUUGAAAUUAAAAAAAGUUAUAUUUCUGCUGUUGUCAUCGAUGCCAUUAGUUUUCGGAUUAAAUUUUGUUGAAGUCUUUGGCAGAUGAUCUUCAAUGAAGCUACGGAGUAGCUCGGCAGAAUUGCUUCUGUUUUGAAAUAAAAAGAAAGUUAUAUUUUUGCUGUUGUCAUCGACGUCACGAAGGUUAGAAGGAGGCUUUUGUACAAUUGCUCUGCUGGUAAUCGAAUAAGCUUACGCAAGCUGAUACAGCUUGAAAUGCUGAGGAUGAUGGCGUAACUUUUGAUGGCGUAACUUUUGAUGGCUUCCGAUUAAUGAUUUCCAAGAUAUGUAAGUUUAACAUUUUGAGGGGUAUCGACAUGCACAGGAUGAGGCAUUUAAAAUGGGCUACCUGAAUAAUUCGCUUACUUUUAGCGAUAGAAAAAAAAAAGUAUCGAACAGGAGUUGUUUGAUUUCGAAAGGCACGUAACGUGGUGCCAAUAAGUUUUUUAUCGGUGGAAGCGUACAGGAGAUAUGAAGGUCGACUCUGCUUUUUCAAAUAGAUCGAUACAUGUAGUUUCUAAUAUACGCUCUGAUAGAACGUUUUCCGGCAAAUGCAAUGAUCUACAGUUCAAGUUCAUUUAAGGUUACACAGACUGAGUUAAUAUAAAAUUAAUUGUUCUUAAAAUUGACCUCCAUACUUCCAUUGACAAAAAAGUUAUUGGCAUCGCGUUAGGUGAACGAAUUACACGAAUUAAUUGAAAUUAAGGUGGCCUGUUUUAAAUGCCUCAUCGUGUAUGUGUCCAUUGGCUUUUAUAUCAAAAUCAAAUUUAUUACUUACGAGCAGAAUAUCUUAAGAAUUUAAAACUAUGCCAUACUAAAGUGAGAUAACAUGUAUGCAUGUUAAAAUCAAUUUAUGGAUAAAAGUUACUUUGGUCUGUGUCUAUUCGAUUAAAGGAAAAAAUAUCCAUUUAAAAUUCGCCCUUCAAAAGGUUAAAUUCUCAGAAGACCUAUUAAACUAUUUUUCCAAUAUGUAAACAAUAUUUUGUUAUCUAUUAGUGAGAUGCCAUUGUAUGCUCCUAUUGUUAUAUAAAUAUAAUAAAAAUAUAAAUACAAAUUAGACAACGAUUCUAACAGACAAAAUAAAUAUUGUAUUAUACUAAUUUUGUCGAAAUAAAAAACAUUAUCGAGUUCAACUAUAUCUCCAAGUUUAUACGCUCAAUUUGUAACUGCUUAGUUAACAUUCUUUGUAUAUCUCUUAGUCGCGUACAUAUUUAGACUAAGUUAUCAAAUUAUUCAUAACGAAGUAUCCCAACAAACAUCGAAGUGAAUCAAUUUUAAUUAAUUAUUAAUUUCUCGAGUUGUUUUCUCUUUAUAGACCAAUCGAGAGUUUAUUCGCUUCCAAUCCUUAAUAUUAAUCAACGAUCACCUGCCAAAGAUCUUGAGGAACAAUUAAUCCGAAAAACGAAGGAGAACGUUCCCCGCGUGAGCUCUCGGCGGACGUCGACCAAGCUCCCAAGAGUCGAAUUUCUCGCUUUGGUCUCUCGCUCUCGAUAACCACUCCUUAGCACGUAGUCGAUCCGGCUGUUGCGAGCGAACGUAACGCACGCUCGACGUGACGCCUAGUCCGAGUACUAUUCACGCGAAUCGUCCCAGAAUCUGUGUAACCGGAUGUAAAGAUAGAGAAAAUAAAUUCAAGGAAGAAACGAAGAACAUAGGAGAGAUUCUUGCACGAAAGCUCGAGCUGCAAUUCGCGCGCGGAGACUACACUCCUUUCUUGGCUUAUAGUUUCCUUCGUCGAACGAUAGACAUGUGCGAACGCAGAGAGGAAAAUACGAUGAAUCAGUGUUGGGCAACGCGAUUACCGAGCGAUCGGACAUGAUCUGAUUUGGAACAUUACAAAUUACUGUAGAUUGGUUUCGCUUUCGCUAUUAUUGGUUCGUCUAUUGGUUCGUGACGUUUGCGAGUGAUUAUCGAAAAAGUAACGAGAAGGUAAUCGAGAAAAGUAAUCGCUGUCCAACUCUAGGAUGUGUAAGGGUACAUUUGUACAUAUACACUUGGUGGUUAGAUACGCGCGUACCUGUAUCAGCGUGAGUGCCUGUGCGCGACCUUCUCUGCUACCCUUCUUCACUUUGCGUGUCUCUUCACCUGUGUAUAUCUCCUCCCUUCUUCCUUCACACAUCUCUAUUCUUUACUCUCCUAUACGGCUCUGUGAAGCUGCACGAGACACUCUUUCUCUGUACCUCUGAACUGUGUUCCGCCUCACGUGUACUUCCGGUGGUCGUCUCUGCCGCAUCGACGUUUAUCUACGUGUUCUCUGUAACCCACAAGACUUCGUAUGUACGUCCAUAACUGUUCUGCCGAAUACCCCGCCGCUUCCCCCAUGCCCAUCCUAAAAACGAAAUUGUUUGGCUACGAAAAUGACAAAAAGAGAAAUAAGACCCGCUGAUGAAAGAGAAAAGAAAAGGAAAUGAGCAAAUCGCGAAAGAGAAGCAAGUGUCCGGCCGAGUGCAGAUUCAAGUUUCGUACGAAGCUGAUCGCAAAGAACUGAUCGUCACUGUUUUCAUGGCUGACGAUUUGUGCCCAAGAGAAGACACGGGCUACGGAACGCUACCACAAGCGUAUGCCAGGCUCGUUCUUCUUCCAGUCUGCGAUGACCAAAGUACUUUGAAAACUGCGAUUGCCGAGCCGAGUCAAAAGCCGAUUUGGAACGCGACGUUGCUCUUUUCCCGUGUCGAUGGAGAAAGCUUGAUGAAGCGAGCGAUCGAGGUGACUCUCUGGGAUUUCUGUCCCGACUCUGCGAAAGUUUUUCUCGGCGAAUGCAACGUUAAUUUGCAACGUGCUCUUGAAAACGACAGGGCGGUUUGGUAUCGUUUGGAGGAUCUACGCGGACUUCGCUUGGGUAAAUCACCGUACUGCUCUCCCCGUGGCUCCUUUUCGACCGAGAUAGCACAGAGGCUAUUGCGGAAAACGGAAUUGCCCGAAAGAAGUUACAGCGACGAUACACAAAGCGACAGCGGAAGCCCCGAGCUCGGCUUCCUGCACCCAGAUCACGCCUGGCAUGCAAAUUCGAGAAGAGGCUCCAGCCAAUCCGAGCAACUGGAAGUCGAACCCUAUGAACUUAACAGAGAUUACAGUAGAUCCCUGCCUGGCAGUCGAAGGAGCAGCUUCCAAAGUCAAGGUGGCACCGACAGCAAACGUGGAAGCAUGGGCGAAGCAGACAUGUCGGUCAUGAUGCAUCACAACCGUGACCGUCGACGAAGCUCGUUCACCAGGCCAAUGAGGGACCACGGAGACAUUCUGGAAGAUCUACGAUUGUUCAAAGCGGCGAAGAGGGAACUCAACAGGACGAUGAGUCUCACCGGAGACAAAAGACGCGAAACCCGGCAGGGUGAGCGCAAAGACAGCGUCAUGAAUAUUCCGGAGAGGUUUUAUGAUCGCAACAUUGAAUCGGACGAGGAAGAGAAAUGGGGUCAGCCAGCGAGAAACGAAAAUGGUGUUGACCCGAAGUUUGGUCGGGGACAAGUGCCGCCAAAAGGAUUCAAAAUGAUCACUGGAACUCCAAAUGGCGAGGUGAAAUUGGGUUUCUGCCUAAGCAAAGGUACACUCGAGGUCGAAGUUAUCUGUGCCAGAGACAUUUGUCCAGGUGAAAAAGAAGAACCAGAUACCUACGUGAAAACGUAUCUCCGAGACGGCGACCGAUGGCUGCAGAAGCGUAAAACUCGCGUGAUACGUCACUCGAAGAAACCGCAAUACCGGCAGACCAUUAAAUACAACAGCUGCGACGCUCUCGGAAGAAAUCUGCUGGUGAUGCUGUGGGAGAAGAAGCAGACCUUCGAGAGUAAUCAGGGCUUAGGCGGAGCCGAAGUGAGCCUCGACCAACUUCCAUUGACACGACUGACCGUCGAUUGGUAUCCGUUGUUCCCGAUUCAUACACUCGGCACCCACACCGCGGACUCUCCAUGAUGGCUCAGGGAAAAAUGGGCCCUCGAAGCUGGCGAACUCGACCUCAGGCUGAGCCUUCUGCUCAAGAACGAGGACGAGUCCGUUGUUAAAAUCAUCUCCUGAUGGAACCGAUUAACGUUCCUUCCAGACACCUUCGUUCGUUCUACUCUCCUGCCUUACUCUCGUUUACUUUACUACUUCCAAUCAACGCAAGCUGUCAUACAAAAUUGAAAACAUUCUAAUAAUCGGUUCGGUGCAGAAAACCUUGUCGCGUUGGCACAGCAGGAUCUCUGUCGUCGGAUGUGCUAUAACCACUAAACGAGGAGGGAUCGUAACCGUUGCCUAAACCUAGAGGACUAGUAUGUUACUAAUGCGAAGUUAGAGUCACUAAAAGUAACCGUGUAGAAAGAGCAAAUUAAUCUACGCGGAACGGACUGCAAAUAAUCCAGACAAUAGGUGAAAAUAUAAAUGCUUCGUUGAAUGACAGAUAUUUCGUAAAUUUUAUUUACAAAUAUUUGUGAAUGAUAUUUUAAAUUAACAGCACAUACUUUACUGAAAUUGAGGAACAAGAACAUUGGGAAAUGAAAUGAUUUGAAGUAAUUUUUAUUCUACGUUCUUCGAUAAAACUCAUGCAUUUUGCAACUGUUGAGUGGAAAUAAAAAUUAUUGACUUACAGGGUACAUUUUCAUUUUGAAUACAAGCCCAUGAAAUGUUACAUUGCAGAGGGAAGGAGUCUGAAAAAAGAUUGUCUGGUCCAGAUGUUUAUCUUCAACUAAUUAUUAUAUAAUUAACUACUUUGAAAAAACUUCAUAAAGCUCUUAAUUAUGAUAAGAGACGAAACAGUGAUAAAAAUGACCCAAUUGCACGGGUUACUCUGCAAAUUUAACUUUGUUUGGGUUACGGUUACGGUCCCUAAAACAGGAGAUUCAAGGAAGAAAAAGAAUUACCAAAAUAGACUACAUCCAUCAAUUGUACGUCACGAGUGACGACGACAGUUCAAGUCGAAUAUUUAUGGGUCCAAACAGCGUUUCCAUAACUGCUGGGUUAUACGCACUAUGAAUUAAUCAAUAAUGAUUAGAGUUUCGACGACGAUUCUCUAUGUCAAAAUAAUUGUCCGCUCGAGGUUCUCCAGAAGUAAAACCCCAUAGUAUACCUUAGCGUUCUCUAUGGAUAGGUGUUACACGGAUUUAACUCCUUCUACAUGAUUCACCGUGUUUGUAUAGGAUGCGUACACGUGACGCAGUGGUCUUACGCUAUGUUAACGAAGACGGAAUAGAGGAAAGUCCUUAAGCUCAGGAGUUUGCGUCGAGCAGCACUGGUGUAGGUGGUGUCCUAUUUUUGAUCUCUUCGCCGCAUCCAGUGUUUGUUCCGAAGCCAGUUACGUGGAGGCAUGCUAAUAAAAUAAAUAUUUGCGGUGGAAGAGUGGAGAAAUAAAUACGAACGAUAGAGAAAGGCAAAUAUUGAGUUAAUUUAUAGGUUUCUGCGCGUCUAUAUAAGCAAACGUUCGAUUCGAUGUAAACAUACAUAAACGCAGAUAAGAUCAAAUCACAGGAUGAUUAUGAAUUUUUUAAUGAACUAUAUACAUCGUUGAGGGAUUUCAAAAUUUUACGAAAAUUGGAAAAGUUCACGAACAUGAUACCGUGGUGGGAAAAAUGACCGACACCACGCGCGAUGUAAAAAAAAACAGUAUAUCUGUAUGUUUUUACAGUAUAUGUAAAAUAAUUUCUUUUCUAAAACAUAAAAUAAAAUUAAUACAACAGAUAACAUUUAAUUGGAUGCUUUUUAAGACAUAUCGAAGUAUAUUUGUGUCUUAGAAUCUUCUGAUCAGUAAACGAGUGACCUCGAGCAGUCGGAUAAUUUGACAUCGUGUCAGGAUUCUGCUGUGCUUAAAUCCCCUUGUUCAUUCGUUGUAUCCUUCAUUUAUCCAUGCCAUAAGCUCGCAAUGACAGAGCGUACCGAAAGACAAUCAAACACACCGACCGCUCCAAUCGAUAAUUUACUCAGCUAUUUACAUUGGAGCGCAUAACAAAUAGAAGCACAAUGGUUUUACCGGAUUCCUUUUAAUCGCCUCUCGUGGAGAAUAUUAACACUUUGAUUGUCAUCGUCGCACAAUCGAUCAGUUGACCGCGCGCUACAAACGCCUAUCGGCGUUCAGAGCGCAUGUAUGCGCAACGCAUGGAAAAAUCUUUCGAGCGUAACGCGGGUCUUGCAUUAAAAUCGCCCGCAGUCAAAGGGUUAAUGUAAAUCGAUUCGUCGCGUGUAUAUUUUGAAACGGCACGGUCCAUCUGUAAAAGACAAACUAGGAACAAACCGAUACGUUAGAAUAUAAAAUUCUUUCUAUCGAGUUCUUUCCUUUCUUCGUGUCUCGGACACGGCGUCCGCGAGAAUCGUUUAAAAAAUGUCCACGAGGGUUCUAGCAAUAAGGGUGUACAUGCGUAAACCUGUUUAACAGCGAACGGCAUACACAAAACGAAGAAAGCAAGUACGACGAAAGCAACAUAAGAGAGAUUCUAUUUUUUUCAUGAAUUAUUAGAAAGCGAAACAGAAGAGGAAGGGAGAACGAAAAAUAAAGCAACGUCCAACCGUGACGAUGAGGGUCCAUUUUUCCCAAUAAAUUAAGGCUCGACGGAGACGAACGAGAGACGAUCGACAUCCGCUACGCCAUAGCGUGCUCUGGUUGAUCCAGUACGACGAUUCGAUCGAGUCUCGUGCGAAACCCGCGAACCGAUUUGCAUUUGGUGAAGGAACACGAUGCAAUGUUCAUCGACGAGUGUGUCGUUAGGUAUUUACUUCGUCGAGGAGACGUCUCGAAACGAAUCGUAGAAUGAAAGUAUCAAAUUAGCCAAGUGCCAGGUGAAUGAAAAGAAUACACGAAAAGAAUACGUUUUAUUUACAUUGCUAUUACGAGAGGGAGAAGAGAUACUCAUCGAGGUAAGAAUGUUUAUGUUCAAGUGCCGAUACGUUGCCAUUUUCCUAGCGUUAUUGGCAACACAGGAAAUCAUAGACAAUCAUAGAAAAAUCACGAUCUGACGUGGCACGUGGACCGUUUGGUGACUUCAUUUCACAAAUGUUCUCUUUGAUUCGUAUCGAAAAAGAAUACCAAUGAUAACAAUGAACGAUUCGGUACUUGUAAACCAAAACAGAAAAUUCGAUGGCAGGAAGUAUGAUUCUUCUAGAUUAAAAUAACAAAUGAAAAUAUGAUUGUUCAAAUUUAAAUUCGAAAUUAAACACGUUUAAACAAUGAUAACUAGAAAUCGAGACGACUCCUCUAACGCUUUAAUUAUUUAACGGUAGACAAUCGUUCUGAGGCUCGCUGGUCGAGCCCAACACGAAGAGCAAUCGGUAAGUGGUUACCGGAACAACUUUACGGGCGACAUAAAUGUCGCACGACAACCUCGGUGUUUAGAGUCACGCGAUUUUUGUAGCUCGUAGACUGACAAGAUUGAUUCCUUUGGCACCCGCGAAUUUAUUAUUCGAUGUUUCCGAAAUAAAAUUACCGCGAGAGCCACUGCGUUCAUCGAGGCUAAUGCAGUGGCCAAGAGAAGUAGUCGUACACCGUGAGGUACACUAAGUGACAAUAACUUUGUAUAUAGAAUAUUCUGUUAAUAACGAGACAUGUCGAAAUUUAGUGGUUAAAUAUAACUUUCAAAUGGUACGUACUACGCAGAGAAGAGAAGUGGAAUAGUGGGUGUGAUUAGCUGUGGUCAAACCUGGACACUUUUGAAAUUAUAUUAUUUGAAAUGUUAUUUCAAGUAUUAUUUAUUAUUGUAUUAUUUUAUUUUAAUAAUACGUUAUUUAUUUCACAAAAUAUAUUUUCCAUGCGAUUUGUACAUUCUUCUCCACGUAAGCACACUCUACGAAAAUAUCAAAUUCACAUCUACUAUCGACCACGAUAUCAAAGUACAUACCAUUUGAAAGCUACGAUAAUCAAUCAAGUUUCGAUACGUAUCCUAUUACGUAUCAACGUAAUAUCCUCUUUGCAAAUUUAUUGAUAUUUAAUGUAAAGUGCCUCAUGAUGUUUUUAUAUUUUUCCAGCCACCGUACACGAUCUACGGAACAUUUAAGCGUUCAACGAACGAUCUGUAACAAUAUUGCCGUGGCUCUCGGGGUGGUUAAUUUUUCAAGGAACGAUUCGUUCUUUCGCUACGAAACUUACGAGUGCCGUGACUUUCUCCGAAUCAAACUGUUCGUGUCCUCGAAUAAAUCGGUACACAGUUUCGUUGUCAGAGAAAGAAAUCGGUUGGGUAGCGAAGGAGUCGAAACGCGAAUAAAAAUAUGAACGACGAAUUGUACGAAAGUAUUGCGCUUACCCCGCCCGAGAUAGAAGCAGAAGCUCCAAUAUGAUGUCAGACAUUAAUUAUUCGAUAUAUAUGUAUAUGAAAAUGAGCGCGUGACGAAAUCAUUAAGAUCGCGCGCGUCAUACGGUAACUUUUACGAGAUAAUUCUACUUAAGCGCCUAUUAAUGGUACAUAGAAAUCAAUGAUUUCGCUGACCAAAUCCUUACAACGUUCGGAUUUAACCUUCAUCGCGACGAAUUUUAUUAAGAACGAAGAGCGUCGUGAAAUUCCACGAAAUUCAGUUCGUAAUAAAAUAACGAUAUUAAUUUUAUUCCGAAGAUUUCAACAAAGCAACAGGAAUCUAAGAGACAGAAACAUCUCAAAGGACAGAUAAGCAAAUAGAUUUAACGGUUGCAAUAAUAUAACUACAAAGAAAAAAAAAAACAUCCAACUUAAUUCUAAUUCGAGAUGUUUUGCCGACGAAUAAGUUCUCUGAAAAUCAGGUAAAACCUCGUUGAGCAAUAAACGAUAAAUGUAUGGACCAUCGCGAACGAAUGUUUGGACUAUCGGUCGGUCGUACGAUGAAGGUUAAUAUCUGACGAGAUCGCAGCAUUAAAAAUUACUAUUACCUUGGAUGGCGACCUUGUCCCAGCGAUAAUCGCACAAUUGUUCGGAAAGCGUGUUUCCUUAGCGUUAGCGUAGGAUUCUGGCGUAGAAUUCUAAUCAUGCUCGUACUUUGUUUCGACUCGAUCGCUUCCAAAUUCUUCAAAGUACACGGUCCACAAGCGUUGGCCUUUAGCGCGCGAAAUCAAUCUCGAGAUACCGUCGCUUCGAAGGACGGGAGAGUGACAACGGUUCUCGCCUCCUUCGACGACAGACGAGUAGCCGAAACUAUUCUCGCGGUUCUGCGAUGUAAUCUCAAUGGAUAGUACAAGGGUGACGGUGGCCCAUCAACGACGACGAUAACGAAAAGAAAAACGAACGCUAGAGGAAUGGUAUACGCGAGCAGAUGUUUGACGAACGCAAAAAUCUGAUCGGCCUACAAACAUAUCCUAACGUUCUUUCUUUAAGGGUACAUCAGGCGCGAAGAAAUUUUCGACGAGAGUCAACCGGCUUCCCUCGAAAUCGUCUUCGUCCUAUGUUAAUCGCAUGGACAAUCCUCUUGAACGAAUGCAAUCAUCUAAACCUUGUAGAUGAAAGGUUCUUCCUUCGUAAGUGGCUAAGCGCACUGUAGGCACAUUUUCUACUAGAUCUGGAACCGAUCUACUUAUGAAUUAACACCGCUGACGCGAUCCUUGGCAUUGCGAUUUCUGUCCAUGCUAUCGCUGCAGUUUCUUUAAUGCCAACUUCGUUAACGAUGCUUCGACGCGAAUUCGUGUUUUUCCGAUCGUCCCGCAGUGGAGUAUUUGACGUGAAAAUUUCACCAAAAUUACUUUGCUGCUUCUACUUAAUUAAAAUGCAAUUGGAAACGACGCGACUAGAUCUAUACGGUACAAUGACACGCGAAAGUAUUCGUACUCAAUUAAUCGUUGACUUCAAACUUAAUACAUUUCUGGAACAAUUUUUUUUCUAGGAGAAUCUAUAACGAUCGAUACAUUAUUAUUAUUACUAUUAUUAUCAUUAUUAUGGAUUAUUAUUACUGUUAAUUGUUUUUAAAUUGUAUGUUUGUUCGUUAUACUAUAAAUAGGAAAUUUGUUAACAUAGUCUUCGAAAAUAUCGUACAGGAACAUUUCUCGAAUUUAAAAAAUAUAUCGUCUAUUUUCAUUGUAACUUCUUCGUUCAUUUUUCUGUUUACUUAGAAAACCUUUUAGAAGGUACAAUUUUGUGUUCUUGAUAAAGUAUCGAAAAUGAUUUAAUAUCAACUAUUUGACAUUGUUCACUAUCGACAACUUAGUAUUGCUUUUAUUAUUAGUAGAGGCUUAUUCGUGUAAGUAACGACUGAUCCAGUUAUUUAGGACGAUAUUUCUGAUCUUGCAAAUGAUUUUCAAGACGUUUGUCAUUAGUGAUACUAAAAGAUUGUAAAUUUCAAAGAAACGUAACGUUCUGAGAUCAGACAGUGCAGAUUGAAAUCGGUAGUUUUUCUAGGACUUCUUGUGGAGGAUUUGAAGAAUGUUCAGAAAUUUACGAAUUAAAUCUUGGCAAAAGUCUUGCCUUUUCAAGUAGUUUUAACAAACGUUAUUAUCCAAUGGUAUAACUGAAAAUUCAAUAUUUCAAACAUGAUGUAAUAGUUUUAGUAUCUGAUACAGAACACACUAAUGCUAAAUACGUAGCAGCUAUUACAAAACAUUGAAUAAAUACACUCAAUGAAAAGUCGUACUCAAUUUGAUCACUGGAGAAAAUCAUAAAUAUACAGUUACCAAAAUGGUCGACAUAAGUAAACAAUAACUUUAUGUUGUAAACAAGCUUUACUAUUCGAAACUUCGACCACAUGUUCGUACAAAUAUUCCACUGUCCGACUCGAGUCUUAAAAUCUUAUAGGAACUAUAUUCGAUGGAUCACGUACGUUUACGAUCCAUCGCUUUUCAUUUAUCAAACGCGUCAAUUCGUUGGGAUAGCUGCGCUAUUUAUUUAAGCUUCUUACAAUGCGACGGAAAAAGCAUAACACCUGCGAAGAGAAUACUUUCCGCUCGCGAAGCUGUUACUUCCUUUUCUAAAAAGAAAAAAAUCAAUUGAAAUCAGUUCUUCGAUGUCAAGUAUAAAUCAAGUCUGCCUAACUAUGUGACUACUGUAUCGCCUACAUAAAUACUAUACAUAUAUAUUUAUUUAUAUAUACACAUAAUAUAAGUAUAUAAAUAUAAAAGAAAUCUCUAUAUAUAUAUAUGUAUAUAUAUAUACACAUCAUAUAUAUACAUAUAAAAUGCGUACAUAUGUAUCGUAUCGAAAUUGACAAUCGAGAUCAUUGAUCCAAUUAUGUAUGUUACAAAACUUUUAGUCGAUAUCUCAUACAGCAGAUAGUCAUACUUUAUCGACGCACGAUCACGUGUAAAAUAAUCGUAAAGGUGUAUAGAUAUAUUGUCACUGAUGUAAUUGUAUGUAUGUACCUGUGAUGUCGUACGAAAUGCAGCAGACUGGAUAAUCGAUUGCACUUGCAUUAAAAAAUGAAAUAGAUUAAAGGAGGACUUGCGUCAAAUAUAAGGAAAAUAGGAAAUGUUGUUCUCGAAUCGAGAACAACAUUUUCUGAACUGUAUUUGAAUGGUCCCAGGAACGAGGUACGGUAAACAUUAGAAUCUACAUCCAAGCAACAGCAUCUUCCCGUGCAUAUCUGCGUUGUAUGUACACGUACUCGUUCUACCGUCUAAUUGUCAACGGCAAUCUCAUUUUAAUCACACCUACGCUCGCGUGGAUCGAACUUCGCAUACUUACACCCACUGUACACAGCGUUUUUAUGCGCGCAGGUUAAAAUGAAAUUCGUUCAAAGCAACCGA